AUGGAAGUGAAGGACCCGGCGCUGUUGUGGAACACUUUCAAAAGGAAUUUCAUCGACGACUACCUCUACGAAGUAGAGGUAGUCGAUGAUGAAAUGUCCGAAGAAGAAGCCAUUGCCGCAGCCUAUUACGACCUCGAGGAACGACUUAUCAAGAGCAAUAUCAAUAUUACUUCCUUCAACAUUCCCGCACCGUCGCUAAGCCGUCGUCCUGUGACUCAUGCGUACGACACUACAUUUUGCUUCGCCGAAGGUAAUCGCUUAUACGGGACUUUGAAUUCGCAGCAGAAAAUAGCGGUAGACACCAUUGAAUUCGCAGCAGAAAAUAGCGGUAGACACCAUUGUUGGUGCUCUCAAUGA